GUGAAGUUAGGAGCAACUAUAGUGAUAGAGAAACGAAACCCCCACUGGAAGCAAUGCACAUAUACCCUUCAUCUUGAAAGUGAAAGUGAAAGUGAAAAGAGAGCAGAGAAAAGAAAAGUGAGAUCAGUGGGACUCUGCAACAUAGCCAUCCAUCGUUACACAAUGUCCUCUAUCCACAUCAACUGCUUUACUUAAGAAUAAGCUCCUAGUUGUGAUCUUUCAUUCUGCUGCGUUCAUUUGAAACUAUGUCGCUGCUGUCCUUUUCAUCAGUUCUCCAGCUUUCUCUUCUCCUCUACCUGCUUGCUUCAUUCUCCACUACAAAUGGGGAACAGCUCAUAUUGGUGAAUAACUGCAAUGAGAGCCUAUGGCCUGGAGUACUUGGUGGUGCAGGUCACUCUACGCCGAAAGAUGGCGGUUUUCUUCUUGGAUGUGGUGAGGAAGUAGUAAUUGAUGUGCCCGACAAGUGGUCAGGGAGGAUAUGGGGUCGGCAAGGAUGUUCCUUCGACAAUAAUGGAAAAGGAUCAUGUGACACCGGGGAUUGUUCAGGCUUACUUCAUUGCCAAGGCACUGGUGGUACUCCCCCAGCAACCAUGGUCGAAAUGACUCUAGGAUCAUCUACUUCACCCUUGCAUUUCUACGAUGUUAGUUUAGUUGAUGGCUUUAAUUUGCCAGUUUCAAUGGCACCAGUUGGGGGCGGAAUUGGCUGCGGAGUUGCAUCGUGUGAAGUCGACUUAAACAUAUGCUGUCCAUCUGCACUGGAAGUCAAGAGCAAUGGCAAAAUUGUGGGGUGUAAAAGUGCUUGCUUGGCUAUGCAAUCCGCCAAAUAUUGCUGCACAGGGGAUUAUGCUAACCCGAAGACUUGCAAGCCUACCCUUUUUGCCCAUCUAUUUAAGGCUAUAUGCCCAAAGGCCUAUAGUUAUGCCUUUGAUGACUCCUCCAGCCUUAACAAAUGCAGGGCCUCGCGGUAUGUUAUUACCUUCUGUCCUCCUAAAUGAGAGCCAGCACAGGUAAAUUAAUUAUAGCUGUCUAGAAGUCAAUGGUGUUAGCAACACCUUGUUAUCCUUCCCAGCUUUUUUUUCUUAAAACAAAAGGUUAAAUCAGUUGUUUUUACGUUUUCAAUUUUCCCAUGAGUCCUCUAUUGUAGGACGUGUAAUUUGUUUUCUUCGAUCGUCUUGAUACUUUUAGAAGCGGUUUUUUCCAGUGUUCGAGUGUAUAUUACUGCAGUUUUCUGAA